CCCUCGCCUUCCCAGCCUUGCCCGCCUCGCUCCGUCCGGCCGCUCGGAGGGAAAGGAAAAGGACCGGGGCAAAGGAGCCGUCGGGGGACGCUUUGCAAGACCCGGGUUGCCUCCGUUGCCGGCCGGGAUCUUGGCGGGAAGGAUCCGGGAAUCUCUCCCCUCCGCUGGAUCGGGAUCCUUCGCGGGGAAAGGACGAGGAAGCAACAGAGAUCUACCCGGGGCCUCCGCCCGCGCCCACGGAGGAGGAAGAGAUCGCGGCGCCCGCGGGCGCCUGAGAAGCCUUGGAGGGGCAUGUAGAGCCCGACCGGGUUGCAGACGUGGAUGGGCUUUCCCGAUGGGAGGGGGUUUGAGCUAGCUCCGGAGCUCUCCCCGUGGUCUCCUUUCCGGGGUCCAUGUUCCUGGACCCGAUGAGGCCGGGAGGGCACGAUGGAGCCACUGAAAAGCAUGUUCCGGAAAGCCCCUCUGGUGGGCGGCUGGGGGCCAGGCUCCCGAGUCGGGGGUCCCAUCACUUGCGCCAACCCGGUCUGGACGGCGUUGUUUGACUACGAGGCCGCCAGCACGGACGAGCUGACCCUGCGCAAGGGCGACUUGGUGGAAGUCUUGUCCUGGGAUUCGGCCAUCUCCGGCGACGAAGGCUGGUGGGCCGGGAAGCUGAACGACCGAGUGGGCAUCUUCCCUGCGAAUUAUGUCUCGCCCAAGACGGGGGCGUACGCGGCGCCCGCGGACCCUCCCGAGGCUGACUUUCGGGAUCUGACGCUGGAGGAAGUGAUCGGGGUGGGGGGCUUCGGGAAGGUCUACCGGGGUAGCUGGAAGGGGCAGUUGGUAGCGGUCAAGGCGGCCCGUCAGGAUCCGGACGAGGACAUCAGUACUACGGCCGAGCGGGUGCGCCAGGAAGCUCGUCUCUUUGCCAUGCUGAAGCACCCCAACAUCAUCGUCCUGAAGGCCGUCUGCCUGCAGGGGCCCAACCUGUGUUUGGUGAUGGAGUACGCGGCCGGAGGACCACUCAGCCGGAUGCUGGCCGGACGCCGCAUCCCGCCGCACAUCCUCAUCAACUGGGCAGUCCAGAUCGCGCAAGGCAUGGAGUACCUUCACUGUGGAGCCAUCGUGCCCGUCAUCCACCGGGAUCUGAAAUCCAACAACAUUUUGUUGAGCGAAUACGUGGACGACGGCGAGGUCAGCGGGAAAACCUUAAAGAUCACCGAUUUCGGUCUGGCCAGGGAAUGGCACAAAACGACUAAAAUGAGCGCAGCCGGGACUUACGCCUGGAUGGCGCCGGAAGUCAUCAAAAACUCCACUUUUUCCCGGGGUAGCGACGUCUGGAGUUACGGGGUGCUCCUGUGGGAACUCCUCACCGGUGAAGUUCCAUACCGGGGAAUUGACGGGCUGGCCGUGGCUUACGGGGUUGCCGUCAACAAACUCACCCUCCCCAUACCAUCCACGUGCCCGGAACCCUUUGCACGCUUAAUGACGGAGUGCUGGCAGCAGGACCCCCACGCGCGCCCCAGCUUUGCCUCCAUUCUCGAUCAGCUGACGGUCCUCGAAACGCAGGUGCUACACGACCUGCCACAGGAAUCCUUCCAUUCCAUGCAGGACGACUGGAAAGUGGAGAUCCAGGAUAUGUUUGACGAACUGCGGGCAAAAGAGAAGGAGCUGUUGAGCCGGGAAGAAGAGCUGAAGCAGGCGGCCCUGAAGCAGAAAUCCCAGGAGGAAUUUCUCCGCCAACGGGAACACGAACUGGCCCAAUGGGAGCUGGAGGUCUUUGAGCGCGAACUCAGCCUCCUCAUCCAGCAGAUGAACCGCGAUCGGCCGCACGUGAAGAAGCGCAAGGGAACCUUCAAGCGCAACAAGCUCAGAGGAAGGGACAGCGAGCGUAUCAGCAUGCCGCUCGAUUUUAAACAUCGCAUUACAGUUCAAGCAUCUCCGGGGCUGGAUAAAAGGAAGGAUUUCUUCGAUGCGGGCGCUGGAGGCUCCCCGACGUUCCCACGAUUUCGAGCUAUCCAGUUAGAACCAAGUGAAAACGAUCAGAACUGGAACCGUCAAUCACCCCGUCGAGGCGAUGAGACUUGGAACGGCCAUACCAAGAGCCCGGGCUCCCCUAAAACGUCUGAGGCCAGUACGCAAAACGGCAGGAGAAGAUCACGGCCAGAGGAGACCACGUGGUACGUAGAAUCGGACGUUUCCCCUACUCACUCGCAGCUCCAUUCUCAGUCCAGCCAGAACGGCGAUGUUCCCGUCAACUCUGCAGAAACUGAGGACCAGACACUGGAAAGGCCGAACGGGCCCCGACUCAUCCAGAGGGUUCUACUUCGUGGUUCAGCCUUGCUGGCAUCCCUGGGCUUGGGCCGAGAAUUGCCGGUCCCCUCUCCGGAGGGGCCCGUGGAGGGGCCAACUUCUAAGAAGCCGUCUCCCCAAAGAGACUCCACUCCUGCUCUCCAGGUGGAGCCUUGCAAGGAUGAGGCUGCCACGGAUCUCCUCAUUGACCUGGCCUCGGUGGGGGACAGGACUGCCUUGCCCCCCCUCUGGAUACGAGAGUCACCCAGAGUGCCACAGGUCGCGGAAGGCCGGAUCCCCAAGGCUCAAAAGUGGGAUGGUGCUUUCCCGUCGCUGUCCUCCCCCCGCAGCCCCCGCUCCCCUCGCCCCUCCCUUCACCCCACCCUCAUUUCCCGCCCCCGGCCUUCUCCUAUCCGCAGCCGGAUCGACCCCUGGAGCUUCGUAUCGUCAGGAUCUCGGGCCUCGCCAGCGGUCACCCCGGUCCAGUCCCCACGCCUGGGGCCACGUCAGCUCAAACCACUCCGUCCCGAAAGCACCAAUCCUUUCGGGGCGCCCACUUCGGAUCCCUUCGCCUGGGUGGACUUUCCGGCACCUGCCGACCCUUUUCUCGGGACCCCCAUGCGGGCAGCCCCAGAGACGCUCAGCCCCCCGGUUUGCUGGACCUCCAGACCACUCCCGACUCCGCAAGAGGAUUUGCCAGCCUCGUCCUGGUGGGGAGAGGCCUCCUGCCCCCCGAUCCCCAAAUGACCAGGGAUGCCGUUUCCAGAAAUACGCCUGCCAGGCUUCACGUCAUGGGACCGUGGCCUGUCGUGUGGCCAAAAAUCCGAGGACCACAGACCGCUGUCCUACAGGGGAAGGACAUUUUUCAAAAAACAAAACCUGGAAGCUCGGUGGCGACACACAAAGCGGGGCUAACUUCCUCCCCACAUCUCCACUAUGCAAUGAACACUUAAGCUGGCUCACCUUGUGGUGCCCUUUCCCCGUUGCCAUCCUGGUUCCUCCUUACAGGCAGCUAUCUGGGUUCUCGCCUCGUCUCCCUUACCACUACCCCCCACGCCAGUAGAUCUUCCCCAUUCAUGGUGGGUGGGUGGGGAAAACGACACCGGGAUCGAGACACCCCCACUCCACGGUCCUGGUUAGCUUUCCAUUCCCUCCCACUCACCCACCCCGAAAAAAAAUUCCAGCCAAUUGAGGCCUUUGCCCAAAGUUUGUCUUUUUUGCACACCAAGAGAGCCAAGGACAAAAAGGGGCUGGGGAACAAAUGGCGAGGGGGGGGGCAGGGUCCGUGCAGCCCCCUCCUCAGCCCUCGUCUUGAGGCCAAAGCGAAAAAAGCAGAGGAAAUUCCCGCACGACCGAGGCACUCCCAAAGCACUUUGUGUGUGCAAUUCUACUGUGUCUUUCCCCCCCCCCCACUUGAAAUUAUUCACACAUGUGCCGGGCUCCCUCUGCUCUGACUCCCUGCUCCGUAUGUGCAUGCACACACUCCCGUGAGCAGGGGGUGGGGUGGGGGCAGCCAACUGUGUUCAGGACCGUCCCAGCAUUGGGGCGGCCCGAGCCUGUGAAACGAGACCAAAUAAACCUCUGGAUAUUGCCA